AUGGAGCGUGGGUUAAAUGAGGCUACACCUGGGGCUGUGCGCAUACGUCUUCGGCGCCAUAUGCCGCCGGCUACACCUUAUACCUUUACGCACGGUGACCUCACCAAUGCUAAGAUCAUGGUUGAGAACGAAUUUCUUACUGGUAUUGUUGAUUGGGAGACACCUGGAUACUUUCCAGUAUGGUGGGAGUAUGUUUAUGCACUCGAGCGACUGCUUUCCGCGAUCAACAUAGUCGCCAAGGAACAGGUACUUGGCAUCAGGUGGAUAGCCGCCGUAUUCAAACAGGCGCAGGAGGUCGUAGUAUUGGCCGUGGAUAUCACCGCAUAUCUAGUUCCUACGGGUUAG